ACUUCCCCACACCCACACACCCUCCCCUACCCACGCACACAUCUUCCUACCCACUCAUAUACAUCCUCCACCUACACACUCGCGCAGCACGCAGGCACAUCAUCGCACCCACGACACGCACAUACAACCACACGUCCACAACCCUGCUACACACACACAACUUCCUCGAAUACGCACACACACAUCCUCUCUCCACACACACACAUCUUCCCCCAUCGCAAUCACAUACACACACAUCCUCUCUCCCACACACACUCUCGGGCAACACACACACACUCUCUCGGCAACACACACACACCCUCCCGGCAACACACACACACCCUCCCUCCAUACACACACACAACACAUCCUCCCACACACACAACACAUCCUCCCCUCCACACACACAAACAUCCUCCCACACACACACAUCCUCCCACACACACACACAUCCUCCCUCCACACACACAACACACACAUCCUCCCUCCACACACACACACACAACACAUCCUCCCCUACACACAUGCGCAACACACACACACACACACAUCCUCCCUCCCCUCCACACACACACACACAUCCCUCCUCCCCUCCACACACACACACAACACAUCCUCCCCUACACACACGCGCAACACACACACACCUCCUCCCUCCCCUCCACACACACACACAUCCUCCCUCCACACACAUCCUCCCCUCCACACACACACAUCCCCCGCACGCGCCAUGCAGCAGCAGCAGCAGCAGGAGGCUGCGUGGAGCCUCCUCGCCCUGCUGCCGCACUGCCCGUGGCAGGCAGCACAACCCGACCCAGCGCUGGCGGCCACAGCAGCAGCAGCAGCAGCGGCGGUGAACGGCACCGGCGGCAGCGUCGGUGGUGUCGGUGAUGAUGCGGCCACCCCGUGGCUCCUGGCUCUCUCCUCGGGCUCGCUGCGCAGCAUCGCGGGGGGCGCUCUCGAUGUCGCCUACGGGGGGGUCAACCCGGACAUCGCGGGCAACGGGGGCGCCUCGUGCGCCGCCUUCCUGAGCCCCGGCCAGAGGAUCGUGGAGAGCGCCCUCGUGCUCGGCGUGUCCCUGGCCGAGAUGUGGGUGUCGUGGAGGAGGGUGAGGAUGUGCCUGGGGGACCUGGGGCAGCGCGGAGACGCGCCGCUCCCCAGAAGAGCGGCAGCAGCAACAGCAGCGGGAGGAGGAGGAGGAAUCGUCUCGGCAGGGAGGGGGUCCGUCCAAGGUGGAGAUGGAGCGAAGAAGACCCCUCGCUGCCACGGGAGCUUAGCCCGCAGCCUCCUGCUCACCGCGCUGUGUCUCACGUUCGGCAUCGAGGUCGGGUUCAAGUUCGCCACCAGGACCCUGAUCUUCCUGCUCAACCCGUGCCACGUAGUCACGGCCAUACAGAUCGCACUCUUGGCGCUGCCGCCAUGCAAGACGACCAUCGUGCUCUUCAGACUGCACCUGCACAUGCUGAACGGGGCGAUCCUGGCACUGCUCUUCCCCGUGGUCAACACGCGCCUGCUGCCGUUUGAGACGGAGAUCUACUACAUCCAGCACAUCAUGAUGUACAUCGUGCCUCUCUAUCUGCUUCGCUCGGGAGGGGGGGCGUACGCGCCGGAGCCGCUGGGGAACCCGUGGUGGGCGCUGCUGGCCACGGGCCUCCUCUUCUUCUACCACUUCACCGUGCUGCAGGCGCUCGCCCUGCUGACGCAGGUGAACCUCAACAACAUGCUGUGCCCCGCCGUGUCCGACCCAUUCUACGGACGCUGGUACCGCCUGUGCGCGCUGUUCCACCAAACGGCGCUGGUCCUGCUGCACGGCAAGGCCGUCACCGUGGCCUCCAGGGCCUUGGAGCCGGCGCUCCGCAUGGCCUCCGCAGUCUUCCGACCGCCGACCAAAAAGAUCGACUGAUGCGACGCGUGCGUCCGUGCGCGUGCGUCCGUGCACGUGCGUGUGCGUGCGCGGGGAGCGGAGGCGCAGUUGUGGGCGCACUGCACUACGAAGCCGGCGUCGCCCGAGUUCGAUUCCCGGCCAUGACCUGUGACGACGGUGAUUAUCUGAAAGUGCCACGGGCCCCUCCUCUAGGUCGACUCGGCCUUAAACGUGAGUUCCUUGUCGCGGCUGUGUAAACAUCGGUAUGGGAGGAGCUCGCCAACAGCACUCGCCCCAGCAGCCUGUUCAGGCUAUGGGGUGGAGCGAGGGGGUUGGGGGGGGGGACCUUUGCCUUGGCCAUGUCGCACGCCGCGCUACGAUCCCGGCACACGCAACGCAACAACUGGCCCGCUAAAAACACACGGCCAAUGCACUCACCCGCACACACACACACACACACAAAGACAAAGACCCCCCGUAUAGCCUUAACAGACUGUAGGGGCAAGUGCUGUUGCGAGCACCUAUGAAGGCCGGAACAGUACACGAGGGGGUGGGUGGCCAGCACCACGCCCGGCCGCCUUUGUCUCCCGAGUGACGAAGCUGACACACUGCACCAGGUACUCAUUUGAGGCUUAGUCGACCUAGGGGAGGCCCAGGACCGGUUCAGAUAAUCGUCAACGGUGUUCGGCUGCAAGCGGGAAUCGAACCCGUGUCGCCAUGUUCAUAGCGCAGUGCGCUAACCGCUACACCACCGCUCCCCACACACACACACUCACCCACGCACACACGCACACAUACGCAGCGAUGAAACAAGAUAGAUUUCCUUCAGAACCCUGUGAUCUGAUGCGGUCAGCAACUGUCACAAAUACGUCGUGGUCGGUGAAUUUGCAGAGGGAACGGUGGCGCUGUGAUUAGCGCACUGCGCUACAAUCCCGGCGACCCGAGUUUAAUUACCGGCCAUGGCUAAUAUAAGUAACGGGUGAUAUCUGAACCGGUCCCAGGUCGAUUCAGCCUUAAAUGAGUACCUCGUGCGGUGUUUACAACCACACCAACGCUGGGGAGACAAAGGCGACCAGGGAUGUUUUUUUUUCCUCCGGGGCCACACCACCCCCCCCCCCUCGUGUAGGUGCCCCCCCCCCCCUAACGUCGCUUGCCCCAAGUGCCACGUGAAAGGCGAAAUGGGGACGGCGUCCGAGUGUGGCGGAGAAGUUACGGAGCACGAACUCGGCCACCAGGUUGCAACUCCCCGGGGCGGCACGAACACCGCCCCGCCACUUGCCAUCGUUUGGCGGCCAGUCGGACUCGAGCACUCGGUUUGGGCUUCCCUUAAGUGAACUCGGCCUCAAAUGAGUAGCGACCGGGUGCAGUGGCGUGGUGCACGAGCGUUACGUUUUGAGACUAAGGGGUUUUUUUUUUCCAGCCGCACCAUCCGGCUCGUGCGACCGGGCCGGCCUUAAUAAGGCGCUCGCUCACAGCGGCAUGCAUGGUUACACGGGCGGCGGGGGGGGGGGUCUUUGUCUUUGCAUAUCGAGUCAACUGCGAUUUUCCCCACGUUUUGCAGGUUAUAAACAAUGCUUGCCGGUAAGCAACACUGAACAUUUAUUUUGUACGGGCCCCCCCCCCCCGUUAGUUUAAUCGCGGUGCUGCCCUCUCACUCGCCGAGGGCACGUGGGUCGGCACCCACGUGACCGCAAACACGUGGGCGCAAACACGUGGGCGGGCGAGUCGACCCGCUUACUUAGGAGGGAUGCAAUGGAAACAAGACAGGUGCGAGCACCGAGUCUGAAGGCGCUCGUGUUUUCAGGAGGGGGGGGGGGGAGGAGGGGUCCCACGUUGGGCAUUGGGAUCUUCGGCCUUCGCGGAUGAACACCGUUCCGUGUUUCGCCAUCGGGGGGGAUGCCGGAGAACCUGCCGGAGAACCUGGAGGAGAAACCCGAGUCGGGAGUCGAACCCAGCAGCGUUCUUUCUGUGAGGCACGAGUGUUACCAGUGCGCCACACUGCAUGUUUGGAAUUUAAUGCUUCCUGCAGAUGAUCAAGAAUUGACGACGGUGUUCCCUCGUUAUUCGCGGUGGAUAGGUUCCGGAGAUGCUCGUGAUUAGCGCCUUUCGCGGAUUACGGUAUUGGAAUAUGGUACUCGCAACGUCCGCAGGUGCUUCUAAGGCUUCCAGAAAUUCUCUCCGUCUUUCUCAUCACAUUCUCUCAUCACUUUAUAUCUCAUCACUAUCUCAUCACUUUAUUUAUCAUCGCUUUCUUUCUCCAUCUUUGUCCCUCGAUGCAGUCGGGCAGGGUUCAAGAUGCGAUUCGCGCGCAGCCAAAACCGCGGGUAGCGACUUCGCGAAUAACGAGGGAACGCUGCACUGAGAGAGAAAAAGAAAACUCCAGGAGGAAGCCAUUGCCCUGGGAGAGAAGGCCGUAUUACGACGUCCACAAUGCAAUGCAGUUUACGGGUUCUCGCCUCUCAUCUCGCUGUCGUUCGUCGAGUGCGAUCGCUGGCCGUGAACGGGUCGUGAACUCCCGCCGUGCCCGAGUUUUUUUUGUUGUGUUUGAACGCGUCUCCCGACGCGUGCCACUGCGGUUAUAUGCACGCCGAACCUCUGGGGGGCGGGGGGACCGCGUUGUCACGAUGCUUUGCCGUCGAGCGGUGCUGCCUUUGUCGGCCGUGGCGGGCGACGAUGCGGCGCCGAGUCGGGUCUUCCCGUCCGUGCAGCGGUUGACACGCGUGUGCGCACGCGCGUGCGCUCAUCGGGAAAACCCAUGGGCUUUAUUCCGCACAAAGGAAAAAUCCCAAAGGUUCGCUUGGAGAGGAUUUGCGUGCCCGGGAUUGUACCGAGGGACGGGAAGGGGACCGGGAAGAGGACCGGUUUGGUUGGAGCCAGCUCGCAGGCUAGCGGCGUCCUGUUGGCUGUCAAGUUAAAACGCGGCUUGGCCAGGACGGACGGUCUGGCCGCUGGAGGUGCUACGCCAGAGUAUUGCCGUAGAUCGCGCGGCCGUGAGAAGUGCCAAUGGACACGGGGGAGGCCUUCAACCCAGCAGUGGGGAUAGAGCGCGGCCGGCCGGCGACGAUGAAGCUUGGCGCACAAUAUGCCGCCUCCUUGGACAACGUCAAACGGCACCGGUGGCCACGUGGCCGUUACGGACGGCGCGACGGCCCCUCUCGCCGGUGGUUCCCCGUGCCUGGUCAUCGCCGGUGGGGUAAAGCCACCACACCACCGCUCGCUCCAUGCGCUCCGCUCGCUCCACGCGUUCCGCUCGCUCCGCGGCACGUGGCCCGCAGGCGCCCGACGCUGGAAACUGUUUCGCGGCGUUCUCCGGGUUCACGAGACGACCUCCGGGUGGCUCGCGCCAAACGUGCACCCAGGUGCCAAAUACGGUCACGUCAAUCUGGUCUCGCACGCACGCGUUAACAGACGCGCACAGACGUACACGAGCGCGCACGGACCAAGAUACUAACACACACACGCACACAAGAGACACGAACAGGCACACGCAAAAAAUAUAAAGAUCCCCAUAUAACCUUAACAGACUGUUGGGGAAAGUGAUAUGACGAGCACCUAUGAAGGUUCUGACGCACACACGCCAACAAUUGCCAUUCGCCACUAAGUGUCGGUGACGUCACCAGGGUGCUUGUGCCAGGCUAAGUGCAAUUUAAGGCCACGUGAGUGUUGAACACCCGCCGGCAGGCGGUCACGGGACAGAUCCAGGUGCCAUGAAUUGACUGAGAGGACUGGCAGAUGCGCGCCAGCGCACACACACAAAGACGCCCCGUUUAGCCUUAACAGACUGUAGGGGCAAGUGCUGUUAGCGAGCACCUAUGAAGGCCGGCACGGCACACGAGGGGGUGGGUGGCUAACACGACGCCCGGCCGCCUUUGUCUCCCUCGAGGCGAUGUUUAUACACCACACCAGGUACUCAUUUGAGGCUGAGUCGAUCUCGGGGAGGCCCAGGACCGGUUCAGAUAAUCGUCACUGGUGUUAGCCGUGAGUAGGAAUCGAACUCGGGUCGCCGGGUUCGUAGCACAGCGCGCUAACCACUGCGCCACCGCUCCCCACAGGCACACACACGCCAACACACACGCCAACACACACAUACAUGCACACACACACCGCCAACACACACACGCCAACACACCGACUGCUUUGUAAGACGCGGCUCCUAACCGCUGCAUUGACACGCGGGGGGGGGGGGGGGGUCACGCGUUCCGUCUCAACCCCGAGAAAUACGGGAGGCGAGCUCAUGAUGAAAGGGAUCGGAAUAAACUGAUGAGUUCUCUGUACGCGAGGGAAUUAUAAUAAUAAUAGUAAUAAUAAUUUAACACGAAAUUGUGUCGUUCGCAUGUCGGUAUUUAUUAUGGGUGAAACUAACGGAGCGAUCUCAUUGCGGAGGGGAGGUCUCUGUGCAGGGCUUGAUUUCUAACGGAAUACCUCCCCAGAUUCUGCAGUAUGGAUGUAUGUAUGUGCCGUAUGUACGUUGAACUUCUUUCGCACCGCACGUAGCCAACCGUGCUAGUAGCAGUUGUGGUGUAGUAGGCCGAUGAGUCGUAGUAGGGAGCCACGGCCCCAGCGACAGAGGAAUACUGGAUGUGGUGUGCCGCGUGUGGAAACACAUUCGAAGUCCGUGGCAGAUCGCAGUGCGGUGUAGCUGCGGGACAUGGUGAAAGGUAAAAUUAGAUGCCCGGAAUGUGCUUCAAAAAAAAUGUUAGCGCUUAUACGGGACUAACGUUUUUUUUUAAUGGAAAAAGAACGCAGAAUAAUACACUGUAACAUGAUAACAAAUGUAAUGUUCAUAGCUUCACAAAGUCGGAGUGUCUCCCACCUGUUCGCCAUCGUUGUCAACGCUUGGCCUGGAAUCUUCUCCAGGUGGUCUCCAGAGCCCGGAGACAGCACAUUCCUCGUGCUAUUGUUGCAAAUUCAGAACAAUUUUUUUGAAGCGCCCUGUAUAAUCGGGGUCGCUGACAGACUGGAAUAGGUGGCGCAUGACGAACCGUAGAAGCCACGGCCAUGGACGUGGUGUGCCGGGUGAGGAGAGAGACCCCGAAUCAGGAGAGAGACCCGGGUGAGGAGGGAGAGAGACCCCGGGUGAGGGGAGAGACAGACCCCUGGUGAUGAGAGAGAGACCCGGGUGAGGAGGGAGACAGACCCCGGGUGAUGAGAAAGACAAGACCCCUGGUGAUGAGAAAGACAGACCCCUGGUGAUGAGAGAGAGAGACCCCGGGUGAGGGGAGAGACACCGGGUGAGGAGGGAGAGAGACCGCAGGAGAGAGACCCGGGUGAGGAGAGAGACCCUGAGUGAGGAGAGAGAGACCCCGGGUGAUGAGAAAGACAGAACCCUGGUGAUGAGAGAGAGAGACCCCAGGAGAGAGAUCCCUGGUGAUGAGAGAGACCUCUGGUGAGGAGAGAGAGACCCCUGGCGUUGCACGCGACUUGUAAAUAAACACAAGUGCCAUUGCUGGGGCAUGUGGACUGCAGCAGGGACUGACGAUUCGGUGCGAUCUCGUUAUCACGAAGUAAUCGGAAUAAACAUAUUUAAUUCGCUC